AUGAUUGAUGAAGAAUUUCAAACAAAGUAUUCGCAAAUCAAGAAUGUUUACUUUCAAGAAUUUAAAAAGGUUGAAGAUGAAAAACUUCUAGAAAAAUUCAAAAAUUAUUCUUCAGAAUUUCAAACUCCAGUUUUGAAAGCAGUUAUGCACAAUGACGAAAAAGCAUUUAUUUCCAUUGCUGAGGGAGAAGAUUUUGAUGAAAAACAAACCUUUCAAAGUUGUUUUUUCCCCAAUCGUGACUAUUCUUACUCAUUACUUGAAUUAUGUUGUUACUAUGGGGCUGUAGAUUGUUUUAAACAAUUACAAACUAAAUUCGAAUUGAAAUUCUCAAAAAUUUGUCUUAUGCUUUCUUUUUUAGGUGGAAAUCCAGAAAUCAUGAGCGAAUGUUUGAAAUAUCAAAUACCAACUGAAGAAUGUAUGGAAUAUGCAAUAUUUUCGCACAAUAUUGAUUUCGUUACAUUUUUAUUUAAUGAAUACAAUAUCAAAAUUAAUGCUGAUUAUUGUUGUAAAUACGAUAAUCUUCUGGCCCUAUUUGUUUAUUUAGAUCAAACAAAAGCUCUCGAUGAAUGUUUAAAAUUUUCAAUCAAUAUCAAUAUUCAAGACUUUUGCGAUUAUUUGAUCAAAUACGGAGCAAAUGUAAAUUCAGGAGUCCUUCAUGAUGCGGUAAAAUUGAAUAAUUUAAAAUUAAUAAGAUUUCUUAUAUCAAAAGGUGCACAUGUCAAUGAAAUAGUUUAUGAGAAAACUCCUCUUAUUAUAGCAUGCGAAUAUAAUUAUAUGGAAACGCUAUCAACUCUUAUUCAGCUUGGAGCUGACCCAGAAAUUGAAACAUCAUAUGGGAAAACUGUUUUAUAUCGCGCAAUAGAACUAGAUCAUAAUGAAAUAGUUGACUUUCUGAUCUCAAAAAAUAUUAAUUAUUGUAAAAAGGCAUUUUUAAUGCAGUUAAAAGAGACGACACCAAGAUCGUUGAAAUUCUCCUUUCUCGCGGGACAUACAUAA